UGGCCUGCCAGGUCAGAUGAUCCUACCUGGACCAGCUUCUCUUCAAACACUAUGAAAUGUUUUCUGUUACUUGUUACUUGAUUCAGUGACAAACAUCAUUAUCAACCAAGCAACAGAAUGAGGCCCCAGAUGCUAAGGAACGGCAGCGUAGUGAUGGAAUUUAUCCUUGUGGGCUUUCAGCAGAGCUCCACUUCCACACGAGCAUUGCUCUUUGCCCUCUUCUUGGCCCUCUACAGUCUCACCAUGGCCAUGAAUGGCCUCAUCGUCUUUAUCACAUGGAUAGACCCCAAGCUCAACAGCUCCAUGUACUUCUUCCUUGGCCAUCUGUCUUUCCUGGAUGUCUGCUCCAUCACCACUACCAUCCCACAGAUGUUGAUCCACCUCGUGGUCAGGAACCACAUUGUCUCCUUUGUAUCUUGCAUGACCCAGAUGUACUUUGUCUUCUGUCUUGGUGUGGCCGAGUGCAUCCUCUUGGCUUUCAUGGCCUAUGACCGUUAUGUUGCUAUCUGCUACCCACUUAACUAUGUCCAGAUCAUAAGCCAGAAGGUCUGUGUCAGGCUUGUGGGAACUGCCUGGUUCUUUGGGCUGAUCAAUGGCAUCUUUCUUGAGUAUAUUUCAUUCUGAGAGCCCUUCUGCAGAGACAACCACAUAGAAAACUUCUUCUGUGAGGCCCCCAUAGUGAUUGGCCUCUCUUGGGACCCUCAGUUUAGUCUGAGGGCAAUCUUUGCUGAUGCCAUCGUGGUAAUGCUCAGCCCCGUGGUGCUCACUGUCACUUCCUAUGUGCGCAUCCUGGCCACCAUCCUCAGCAGAGCCUCCUCCUCAGGUCGGGGGAAGACUUUCUCUACUUGUGCCUCUCACCUGACUGUGGUCAUCUUUCUCUACACUUCAGCUAUGUUCUCUUACAUGAACCCCCACAGCACACAUGGGCCUGACAAAGACAAACUUUUCUCCCUCCUGUACACCAUCAUUACCGCCAUGUGCAACCCCAUCAUUUACAGUUUCCACAACAAGGAAAUUAAGGAGGCCAUGGUGAGGGCAGUUGGAAGAACCAGACUGGCCCAGCCACAGUCUGUCUAGCAGGAAGGCCCUGAAAGGAAAGCUCCUUCACCUGGGGAAUGGGAGAGUUACCCCUUCCCCAGCCCUGGCAGAUGAGUAACUCUCCUAUGCUGAAAGGCUCCAGGAAAGAGCGUUCAUGGCUUCCUUGGCACUUGAAUCAGACCUGAAAGUUCCUCCUGAUGUCCAAUGUCCUGUGUUAUCUCUCUGACUUCAUUUCCACAUUGUUUUUUCUUGGACCUUCCUUGGGAGAAUUUUGGAUUUUCCUUAGUUUCUUUUCCUCUUAAGUUCUCACAACAGGAUUCAAUAAAUAAGUGCACUUAACUCCAUUUUAUUUGUAUAUACCUUUACAUGCUAG